CAGCCAAGACACAGCAGGCGGCGGGACUGAAGCCGAAGCAGCAGGAGAAAGGAGAUGCCCACCUCCUCCCCUGCCCAGGGUCAAGCCAUGUCCCAGACCGGGGGACGAGGGAGGAGGCCCAGGUCCCCAGGGCCGCCGCUGUGCAGCAUCCGGCCCUUUAAGUCCAGCGAGCAGUACCUGGACGCCAUGAAGGAGGACCUGGCCGAGUGGCUCCGGGACCUCUACGGGCUGGACAUCGACGCGGCCAACUUCCUGCAGGUGCUGGAGACGGGCCUGGUGCUGUGCCGGCACGCCAACGCCGUCACCGAGGCCGCCCUGGCCUUCCUGGCGGAGGCGCCUGCCCGGGCCCUACGGACCCCCAUGCCGCGGGCUGGGGUCUCCUGCAACAGGGCUGCCCAGCCGGGCACCUUCCAGGCCCGGGACAACGUCUCCAACUUCAUCCAGUGGUGUCGCAAGGAGAUGGGCAUCCAAGAGGUGCUGAUGUUCGAGACGGAGGACCUGGUGCGGCGCAAGAACGUGAAGAACGUGGUGCUGUGCCUGCUGGAGCUGGGCCGCCGGGCCUGGCGCUUCGGGGUCGCCGCGCCCACCCUGGUGCAUCUGGAGGACGAGAUCGACGAGGAGCUGCGGCAGGAGCUGGCCCUGCCCCCGCCCGACCCCCCGCCGCCCGCGCCCCCCAGGCGGCGGCCCUGCCACUUCCGAAACCUGGACCAGAUGGUUCAGAACCUCGUGAGCCACUGCACAUGCCCAGUUCAGUUCUCCAUGGUCAAGGUGUCCGAGGGCAAGUACCGCGUGGGGGACUCCAACACCCUCAUUUUUAUCCGGGUCCUCCGGAACCACGUGAUGGUGCGAGUCGGGGGCGGCUGGGACACACUCAGCCAUUACCUGGACAAACACGACCCCUGCCGGUGUACAUCCCUGUCACACAAGCCAGGCAGCUCCCUGAAGCCCCCGGGGCCACCGGCGCAGCACGAGGUGAGGGUGCAGGACGAGCCCUGGCAGCCGCAGCCCACGAUGACCGUCAGCCGCUCCCAGAACCCGCCGCCCCCCGUGGACUGGAAGACGUACACCCCUGCCAACCGAAAGCUGAGGCCCCCUGCCCCCUCCCCCAGACCCCGCAGUGCCUGGGGAGUGGGGGCGGGGAUCCCCCGAGAGACAGCACCAUUCCCGAGGUGCCAGGAGAAGCCACUCACCCUAUCUCGGGAGCACCUGGCAGCUGGGGACAGUCUACCCAGCCCCCAAUCCUCACCCACCCCUAGGGGACAUGACCCACGAUGCCCCUCUUCAGGGAAGAGGGAGGGUGGAGGGAGACCCUCUGAACUCCCCAGGGGGAGGACCCCUACAGCUUGGAUUCGUGAGGACACAGACGGCUGGGGAACCCACUCCACGGUCCCCACCCCACAGCGACUUGGAGCUCCUGAGGCCACCGCCACAGGGACACCAGCAAGAGGACCAUCCCCCCCGCCUCGUUAUUCCAGUUUCACCACGCCCCUGGGCCCCAGGCAGCCACCCCAGGGUGAAGCUGAGGGUGCCUCCUUCCAGCUCAGGGAGCCAGCAUCCGUCUGUUCUCCAUCGCCUGGUAAAGGGCCCACCGAGACCCCUGUCCAGCUGCCCCCCGCCCGACCGCCCACUCCAGGAGGAAGCUUCCCUGGUACCGCAAGCAGAGGUCCCGAGACAGAAUCAGUGAGAAACUCCGUCACACCAAAAGCUGUCAUCGGAGUCUCGGCUGGGUCCAGACAGGGGGGCUGCUCUGUGGGAGAGAGGCAAGGGGCCCAGAAGCCGGAGACCUGGGUGCCGGCAGCAGCUGGAGAGUCCCCGGGCCGGGGCCCACAGGAGCAGGGGCGGGGGUGCACUCCCCCGACCUCAGAUGGGACCAAGGAGCCAGCAGUCUACCAUGGCCUUGAGGAGGAGCUUUCGGCCCACGUGAAGCUGCUGGAGGUGGGGACCGCUCGUCCCCGGGGCCCAGGGUCUGGGCUCAUCCCUCGCAGUGGGGUCUACGUCCCCAGCCUGGGUGCGCGGUGGCCUGAGCCUGGGGGUCCUUAUGACAAAGUCAUCCAAGAACUGGCUCAGGGCCCCCCACCCCUCCAUAAAGUCGACCUGGGGGCCUGGAAGGCUGCCUGUACCGGAUCCCCUAAGCUGGCUGUUACCACCAGCCCAGGAAGCCCACAAGGGCAGCCGGGAGCCAGCGAGAGUGCGCCAAGGACAAAGGCAGCCGUGAACACCUGGGACACCGGGAUGAGGAAGGUCCCGGCUCCAGGAGACCCGGACUGCCCAGUCCUGACUCUGUCUGCCAGCCUGGAGGCCCCCACACCUUCGCCCCCGGACCCAAAUUCCGACAAAGCCAGGGCCUGUCCGGGCAAGGGCAAGAGGACACUCCGGAAGCCCCGGAGAGUGCCAUCUAUUUACAAGCUGAAGCUGAGGCCCAGAAUCCGGCCCCGGAGAGACCACAGGCCCGAGAAGCAGCCUUCACGAAUCCCCAAGCCCCUGGCCUACCUCCGCCUGGGUCCCGCCAGGGCGCCCCCUAGGGGCAGGCUGGAGGGAGCGUCGGCGCGGGGUGGCCGGGGAGGAGAGGCGGCCCUGGUGGGUGGAGCCUCGGCGGGGGAGGAGGAGGGGGGAAAGGGGAAAGAGCCCUUCGCUCCCAGGGAGAGCAGAGGGCAACCUUCGGGCCUGCGGCCUGGGCAGCCUGACCGAGUCCCACUCCCUCCUGAGGAGGAGUCCUGGGUCUAA